AUGGGCAGGUUGCAAGCCUCUAGUCCCAUGAGUUUUUGGGAGAACUUCCGUUCUCCCGUAAUGGACGUGUGGAGCCUAUUUGUUGGACUCCAAACCGCCUCCCUUCCACCUCCCAGUUACUUGAUUGCAGGCUUUUUGCCGGACCAACGUGCAGGAUACAAGGAUGUCAUGAGUCAGUCCUGGCUAAGCAGCGACAGGGAAUCCAACCCGUCUCCACUUGCCUCUCAAGACAAGUACAAGGUCGCUUGUAGUCCGCGAUUAGCCCACUAUACGCCACCUGGGGACGCGUCGCGUAGUCCCGCGACAACCGGCUGUAAUCCCUCUAAUGAGGGAGAUCCGUGA